CUGAGAAGUGCCCGUAGAUUCCUCAUGAUGUGUGAGUGAGCUAUGGCACCAUUGCUAACUCGCGCUUGCGGUAGCACUCACGCUGCGGAGCCUUAGAUUGGAUCCUCCCUCAGUGCUGCGUUGGUGCCUUCCGGUCUGGUCACGUGGGCGGCAAGAUGGCGGCCCCCAGAGCGCUGUAGCAGUGUCGCGGUUGGUGAAGUGUUGGUGGCAGCGGCCGCGGAGCGGGUGGGUCCGGUUCUCAAGCUGAGAGUCCCCUGGUGUAGCCCAAGGGGGAGGAAGGCGGCAUCACCAUGGUGACGGAGCAGGAAGUGGAGGCAGUGGGGCAGACGCUGGUUGACCCCGGGCAGCCCCUGCAGGCCCGCUUCCGGGCACUGUUCACACUGCGUGGGCUCGGGGGUCCAGUGGCCAUCUCCUGGAUCAGCCGGGCCUUCGAUGAUGACUCAGCCCUGCUCAAGCAUGAGCUGGCCUACUGCCUGGGCCAAAUGCAGGACCGGCGGGCCAUCCCUGUGCUGCUGGACGUGCUACGGGACACCCGCCAGGAGCCCAUGGUGCGCCACGAGGCAGGGGAGGCCCUGGGGGCCAUUGGGGACCCAGAGGUGCUGGAGAUCCUGAAGCAGUACUCUACUGACCCUGUUGUCGAGGUGGCUGAGACAUGCCAGCUGGCUGUCCGGCGGCUGGAGUGGCUGCAGCAGCAUAGUGGAGGGUCAGCGGUCCGGGGGCCCUACCUCUCUGUGGACCCAGCCCCGCCCGCUGAGGAGCACGACCUGGGGCAGCUGCGGGAGGCGCUGCUGGAUGAGGCCCGGCCACUCUUCGACCGAUACCGAGCCAUGUUUGCCCUGCGCGACGCUGGGGGCAAGGAGGCCGCCCUGGCGCUGGCCGAAGGCUUGCGCUGCGGCAGCGCCCUCUUCCGCCAUGAGAUCGGCUACGUUCUGGGCCAGAUGCAGCACGAGGCGGCAGUGCCCCAACUGGCGGCGGCCCUGGCGCAGCCCACUGAAAACCCCAUGGUACGACACGAGUGCGCCGAGGCCCUGGGGGCCAUCGCCCGGCCUGCCUGCCUGGCUGCCCUGCGGGCCCACGUGGCCGACCCUGAGCGUGUGGUGCGGGAGAGCUGCGAGGUGGCCCUGGACAUGUAUGAGUACGAGACGGGGUCGACCUUCCAGUAUGCCGAUGGGCUGGAGCGGCUGCGCUCACCCCUCUCCUAGGGCCUCAGCGGGGCGGUCUCCCUUUUGGACUCGGCGCAUAAACCAUGCUGGAGUGAA